AUGAACUCCCUUCGUACAACAGUUGUUCAGAAGCCCUUCGUACAGCGUGCCUGGGAGGAGGCGAAGCUGGCUGAGCUGAAACAGCAGGCUGCUGAAGAGAGGCAGGCAGCGACCGAAAAAUUUGAGAAGCAGGCUGCUGAGGCCCUUUGGACCUUCUGCCACGCCACGGAAACUGAGGUUUUCCCUACUCUGAUGGCCGGGGAAAGGGUCAUCAACGAGCUGGGAGCAUUUGACAUCCCUAGUUUCAAGGCGGCUAUCUCUCGUCGAAUCGCUGCCGAGGCUGCUGGCCAAGUUCGGGAGAUGGAGCAGAGGCUGGAGGGUCUGAAGUCCAGCAGGAUGGCUGCUGAAGAGGCUCAACAGGCCAGGGAAGCUCACCUUUCUGCUGCCCAAGCUGCUGCUGAAAGCCAGGACCAGAAGCUGAAGGACUUUGAAGAUCAGAUGAAGGUUAAGGGAGAUGAGCUGACCCAGGCCAAGGCCGAGACUUCCAUCGUCCAGCUGGAGCUUAAUGAGCAGAAGACUUCUUCCUCCAAACUCUCAGAGGAGUUAGAAAAAUCUAAAAAGGAUUUGGAGGAGAGUCGAAAGAGGUUGGCUGACGCUGAAGCCUUGCUCCAAGCUAAGUGUGCGCUUUGGGCUCAGGACCCCGAGGAUCCGCACAUGCUGUAUGCCACUCCUGCUGAGCAUGAAAUCCUUUGGGCUGAACAAGCCGAGGAGGAAGCUGAGCGGCAGGAGUUGGAGGCUGAACAGCGAGCCGCUGAAGCUCAGGCAAGGGCACAACCUGCCUCCUCCGCUGCUGGGACCGAGACUUCCCCGGGGCUAGACCCAGCUGACCAGCCUGAUCCUCCGGCUGAAGCAUAG